ACAUUCUGCCUGAGGAUUACCUAAUGCCAGCGAGGCAUCAACUCAGCCUUCCAUUGAGCUCCGUUGCCUCACUGUGCUCUAGGCAAGCUCCUGCUAACGCGUCGACUAUCUCAACCCACAAUAGCUCCCCUCAACCUCUGCAACGUCAAUCAACAUCCCAAACUCUCCUCAUUGAGAACUUAACAAGUUCUUCUCGAGCCUCGUCCCCUAAACCUACCCGAUUCCGAACCGUUAAAUACACAAAUCCUCCACAAUGUCGGCCGGCGCAUACGAUCGACACAUUACCAUCUUCGCUGACAAUGGCCGGCUGUACCAAGUUGGUAUGCGAAUCCCGAGCGUCAAGAGCACCGAACCCUACGAUUUCUUUGGCCGAUGACGUUGAUUGAUACAUGAUUCAGGACUGACAUGAAUUCAGAGUAUGCCUUCAAAGCGAUUACGGCUGCCAACAUUAUGUCCGUCGGUGUGAGAGGCAAGGACUGUGCCGUUGUUCUGUCUCAGAAGAAGGUCCCCGACAAGCUUAUGGACCCCGCCUCUGUCACCCACAUCUUCCAGCUCUCUCCCUCGGUCGGCUGCGUCAUCACAGGAUCCAUCGCAGAUGCCCGGGCUUUCGCUCAAAGGGCUCAGGGCGAAGCAGCAGAAUUUCGAUACAAGUAUGGGUAUGAGAUGCCAGCUGAUGCACUAGCCAAGCGUCUUGCCAACAUCAGCCAAGUCUACACUCAACGAGCUUACAUGCGACCUUACGGCGUUGCGACCACUCUGAUUUCGCUCGACUCCGAAUAUGGCCCCCAGCUGUUCAAGUGCGACCCUGCUGGAUACUACAUCGGUUACAAGGGAACUGCGGCAGGCCCGAAGCAACAGGAGGCGCUGAACCACCUUGAGAAGAAGCUCCGUAACAAGGAGCAUGCGGAGGGAUCUUGGGAAGAGGUUGUUGAGCUGGCCAUCACAACACUGAGCACAGUUCUGAGCAUGGAUUUCAAGAAGGGAGAGAUCGAGAUCGGUAUCGUAGGUGGGCCUCGACCUGACGGUGAAGAGGGAACCUACUCGGGAUUCCGAACAUUGACUGAGGACGAGAUUGACGACAGGUUACAAGCUAUCGCAGAGAAGGACUGAGCAAGUGGAGAGAAUGAUAUGGAACAUGGGUUGAAACAUAGUCGGCUGGCCAUAGUAGAAGGUCGGUGCACUGUGUCGCGAGGAAUGAUAACCCUGAUUCGCGGGCUGCAGGGACGACGUUCUGCUCCCAGGAACGUGGGCCAUGCAAUGCCAAUGCAGGGGGGUGGAUUAUCAAGAUCAGAGAACCGGAUGCCGUCGUGGGCGUGGGUCCUCGCCAGUGUGUCACUAGCCGUCCUGACCAUGUGCAAUAGAAAUUGAUGAGACUUUUCAAUUGAGCAAAUGACAACAGUCGCGCCUGAUGACCCAAUUGAGGACGAGUAUGCCUCGCGCCAAGUUGCUAGGAGCCUACGAUGGGCCCAAGAUAUGCCAGUUAGUGGGUCAGGGAUGCGUGUAGUGUAGGUUUGAGAGUUGAGAAAACCAAUAUUUCUCAAUAGUGGAUCUA